GGACCUUGAGGGACAUGUCUGGGAUGUGUACACCUGCCGUUUCUUCCCUUCUGGCGUGGUUGUUCUAUCUGGUGGAGCCGACAUGCAGCUCAAAAUUUGGUCUGCUGAAACUGGAAAAUGCCCAGUCACAUUGAAAGGCCACUCUGCUGCCAUUAACGACACCUGCAUUGUGGACCAAGGCCGUAACGUCAUCUCAGUCAGCAAGGACGGCACUGCCAGACUCUGGGACUGUGGCAAGUCUGCCUGCUUGGGCACCCUGACCGACACCCUGCACGACUGCAUUAACUGCUGCGCCCUCGGACCUGUGGCCAUCAACUUGGGCAUCAGGGACGAGCAAGCCAGUGAAAGGGAAGUGGCGACAGAUGGGAAACUUCUUGUUGUGGGGACAGAAGCAGGAAAACUGAGGGGUGUGGGCGUGCACUCCAGAAAAACGGUGUUCGAGCUUGAUCAUCCAGCAGCCAUUAACUGCUGCUGCUUCCUUGGACAAAAUUGCUUUCUUUUCGGGACACAAGAUGGAACUGUUUCUGUGAUUGAUGUGAGGCAGACAAGGGAGCCUUCCAUCACUUGGAAAAAUUCAUCAUCUGCAGUGUUGUGCCUUUUGCCAUACAAGCAGGGUUUUAUGGUUGGCAGAGCCGACGGCUCUUGCAACUUCGAAGCUCUGGUGGGUGCAGAGUCUUUCAGUCUGACUGGACCAGACUGUGAACCUGUGUACAGUGUGGCGUAUGAUGGGGAAUCGUUCUACACUGCCUGCCGAGACGGCCUGAUCCGGAAGUACAGGGUGCCCAAGUCGUAAUGUCCAUGCCUGCUGCUAGUCGUUACAGUGACCUGUCAGAGAGGAAGAUAUACUGACGUGUUUUAAACAUUUCCGUAUAAAAGUCUUGGCCCCUGUCAAGUACUUGUUGCUUUGUUUGUUCAGAU